CUUCUGUUAUCUCUCUGUCACCUGUUUYAGGAUGAUGGAAUGAGCAUUAAAAGUAAAAUUAGCUGCUUUGGGAAAGGUGGAGCUCAGAGAGGAAAUGAUGUGAAGCUGCAGAUGACGACACAAAGGUUUUUUUUUAUUCAGUUUGUGGACAUAAAAUCAGCAGUCUACACCCUCACUGGACUAAAUGAACUAUAAAGAUGGGGACACUGGUUGGACCAGGGCUGCUGUUAUUUCUAUGGCAGAGUGUUUGGGCUUUGGACAUUCCCCUGGAAGUCAGACAACCCCCAACCAUCAUAAAGCAGUCAAUGCAGGAGCAUAUCGUUGACCCUAAAGAAACAAUGGUUAUAGAGUGUGAAGCCAAAGGCAACCCUCAUCCCAUUUUCUCAUGGAGACGUAAUGGGAAGUAUUUCAAUGUGGCCCGUGACUCCCAGGUAUCAAUGCGCAGGCGCUCAGGGACUCUCGACAUCUACGCCCGGAACAAUCCAGAGAAGUACGAGGCAGAGUAUCAGUGCAUUGCCUCCAAUGAGUAUGGAUCUGCAUACACCCACCAUAUCAGACUACAUUUAUACAGAGCUCCUGUGUGGCCGCGGGAGAUUCUGGAACCUGUGGUAGUCAGUGCUGGCCUGCCUCUGGUCCUUUCCUGUGACCCUCCGCCAGGCCCGCCAAAACCUGAAACCUACUGGAUGUCCAGUUGUUCCUAUGCAAGACCUUUCAACUGGCCCAUUCAGACAGCUUUCCCCACCAUGCAGCCUGUACGGCAGGACCGCAGGGUUUCCAUGGGARUCAAUGGAGAUCUGUAUUUCUCUAAUGUGCUGGUUAAUGACUCUACUGCUGAUUACUGCUGUAAUGCUCGCUUCCCAUAUAGGAAUGUCAUUCAGCAGAAAAUGCCUGUGGUCAUUAAGGUGCUUACAACUCGCACAGUGGCUGAAGCUGCCCCUACCUGGCUGUCCCCCAAAGGUUCAUCGAGCUCCAUUUUGGUACUGCAGGGAGAAGAACUGCUCCUCGAGUGCAUCGCUGGGGGAAUGCCAACCCCUCAUAUAACCUGGACUAAAGAUGGAGAGAACCUACUGGCUUCACCUCGAAUAAAAGUAAAACACUUCAACAAAAUGAUUCAGAUCUCCAAGGCAUCUUUUGAAGAUGUCGGGGAAUACACCUGUAUGGCGACUAACAAGAUAGGCUACAUUGAGCACACGAUAACUGUCAGGGUCAAAGCUGCUCCUUUCUGGUUGGAAAAGCCCACAGAUUUGAUUUUGGCCCCUGAGGAAAAUGGACGGUUGGUGUGUCGCUCAGAUGGGGCCCCUCGUCCCACUGUCAGCUGGUUCAUUAAUGGGGAGCCAAUUGAGUUUGCUCCAUCCCAGCCUAACAGACAGGUAUCUGGAGAAACAAUAACAUUUCGCAGUGUAUCUGCUGAAAACACAGCUGUCUACCAGUGCAAUGCCUCCAAUCAGUAUGGAUACCUUCUGGCCAAUGCAUUUGUCAAUGUGUUACAUGCAACUCCACGUAUUCUCGGUCCCAGAAAUGAGCACAUCAGGGUGACGGAAGGAAGUCGCACCUUCUUAGACUGCCGUUACUUCGGGUCUCCGGUGCCUGAGCUGCGAUGGUCUAAAUACGGACAAGGAACCCUUGAGGGAAAUCGGUUUAAGACCCACAGUAAUGGGACUUUGGAAAUCAAACGCAUUCGGAUAGAAGACGAGGGAACUUAUCUGUGUGUGAUCAGCAACAUCGCGGGAAGAGAUGAAGAUCAAGUUCGAGUAGAGGUCAAAGAGCCCAUAAUAAUUGUCACAAGACCACAGAAUAUGAAAGUCGUGCGUGGAAGUGACGUUCGCCUCGAGUGUGGAGUAAAAGCAGACACCACCACUCCUGUCACGACAUUGUGGAUGAAAAACAAAAAGGAACUCUCUCUUAACUGGAGAGUUUCUUUGGACGAAUCCAAUCUGGUCAUUACUAAUGUAAACAGAGGUGAUGAGGGCAAUUAUACUUGUGUCAUCAAGAAUGAGCUGGAGCAGAAGUCUGUCUCAGCACACCUAAUGGUGAUGGACCGUCCAAAUCCUCCAACUGAUCUGGAGUUAUCAGAUCCAUAUGAACGUAGUGUACGACUCAGCUGGGUUCCUGGAGACAGUAACCACAGCCCCAUAACAGAGUACCUAAUCCAGUACGAUGAUGAUGACUGGUUACCUGGAAAGUGGAAAAACUUAUCGACAUACCCAGGGAACCUCAAUUCAGUCAUUCUACAUCUUCAGCCUUUCACUUACUAUGAGUUCAGAGUCAUUGCUGCUAAUGAAAUUGGAACAAGUCGCCCCAGUCGUCCGUCGAAGCGCUUUCAGUCCAGUGGUGCACCUCCAGAUGCCAUACCAAAGAAUGUGAAAGGUGUGGGAACGUGGAGAAAUAACAUGGAAAUCAGCUGGGAGCCUUUGGCCUACAGAGAGUGGAAUGGACCACACCUAAAAUAUUUGGUGUGGUGGAGAAGGAGAGACUCCCGAGAAGAGUGGAAAAAUGCAACCACAAAGUGGUUGAAAUAUUACAUCUAUGAUGCAGAUACCUUCACCCCUUAUGAGAUCAAAGUCCAGGCUGUCAACGACUUUGGGCUGGGACCAGAGUCACCUGUGGUCACUGGUUACUCUGGUGAAGACCGUCCAAUUGCUGCCCCCUUGAACCUGAGAGUGUCCAACAUAGAGAGCACUCAGGUUACGAUUCAUUGGGACUCGGUGGGACGUGAAUCUCUUAUGGGAGAACUGAAAGAAUACAAGGUUACCGUCCGCUCCAAAAUCCUUCAGGAUACAGCAACGACAUCUGGACAGUAUUUAUGUGGACUGGGACAUCCCAGAAGAGCCCAACGGCRUCAUCACUGGAUAUAUCCUCAAGUACCAGACAGUGAAUGCAAGCAGAGGAGAAGAGCUCAGGGUCGAGGAGUUCCUGCCUAAUGUGACGAGCUUCUCAGUCCGGCGAUUUGACCGCUACACUCGUUAUAGGUUCUCUGUGGCUGCGAGAACUAGAAUCGGAACAGGAGAAUGGCAUACGGAGGAGUCCCUUCAUUACACCACAGAAAUAUAUGCUCAGGACCAGGUGGACAUUACGACUCAGGGGUGGUUCAUUGGGAUUAUGUGUGCAGUAGCGCUUAUCGUGCUCAUCCUUCUUAUUGUGUGUUUCAUCAAGAGGAGCAGAGGCGGCAAAUAUCCAGUUCGGGAGAAAAAGGACAUUUCAUUGGAGCCAGUGGAUGAUAAAGAUCAGGAGGGAUCAUUUGAUUAUCGAUCCCUUGAAAGGAUAGCACGUCUCCCCACUCUGCCUUAUCCUAGGAGAGAGGAGGAAAAGGGGCUUCAAAGAGCUCAGCCAUCUGUGGAAGCUAUAAUAAAGCGAUCGGACAGCGAUGACAGUCUGGUGGAAUAUGGAGAAGGAGGGGAAAUACAGUUCAACGAGGACGGCUCGUUCAUUGGUCAGUACACGGGAACCAGGAGAGAUGUCAGGGAGCUGGACUUUGGAGGAAAUCUGGAGCUCCACUCACCAAUGAAUACGAUCUACUCUCUGGCAUAAAGCUACCUUCCCCCUAUCGCUCAGCUGUUCACUACAUGACUUCACUUUGCUUGUAACYUUGACAUUAACUUUAGGAAUCUGGAGAAAAUGUCAGUUUGCAUAAUGUGUGGGAAGAAACAGCUGGAGACUGAGCUGCUGUUGAACCUUUUUUCUGUCAGAUUUCUCAACUUCAUAGAUGAAAAAAACAAAACAUUUGGAUCAUUUUUUGUAGACGUGUCUUUAAAAGUUAUCUGGUAAAAUACUUUUUGUUUUGUACAUAUUUCUAUGAAAUAUUUCUUGACAUAAGCUGAAAUAUCUUACACAAGAGACUGAGGAUUAUUUAAUUAUGAUUGAGAAAGCAAUUGCAACAUCCAACUCUCCCUUAGAAUGGCUUUUUACCCCCUUUUCUGUUAAUUCCGAUAACAAAAUUUGUUUUAUUUGUGAAUGCUUGCUAUUUGACUUUAAGGGUUAUAAACCAAUUUCUCCAUUAGAGGCAUCACAAUAAAAUCAUCAUCAUCAUCAUCUUCAAACUUUAUUUAUAAAGCGCUCUAACAUCAGCCACAGCUGAAACGAAGUGCUGAACACAUGAAAUAAAAACAYAAUUCAAAAACACAAUACAACCACACAGUUAAAUAAGUUAAAUCAGCACCAAUGCAGUAAAAGUUUAAAMGAAAUCUCAGUUGGGUUGAAGGCCAGUGAGAAAAAGAAAGUUUUUAGGCGAGUUUUAAAAAUGGACAGUGAAGGGACCUGUUAAACAUGCAAAGGUAAGGUGUUCCACAAUUUAGGGGCACUAACAGAGAAGGCCCUAUCUCCUCUGAGCUUCCGUUUGGAACUGGUACUCUUUACAGUUAUUUAAAUUAUGUUCAGCUUCUACUGGAAAUCACUUCAGAACAACUCAAUAACUUACGUAGAUUAAAAUUUGAAGUCUCCUCUGACAUAGUUCUAAAGUGAGGGUUUAUUUAUUUUUAUUUUUUUGCAAUAUUACAACAAAUAAAUAAAGCAUCUCUCUUCCUUAAUGAAAAACAGGAAGUCAAACCAUCUGGAGACUUGGUAGGAAAUUUUAUGGUCUGGUCUUCUAUUUUCACUCACUCUGGAAAGUAUUGAUCUCUCUAUAACCAUGUUUGACAACUAACAUCAGCUGUGUAUGAAGACAAAUAUUUCUUAAUUUAAAUAAAAUAAAAGUAUUUAUAUUAGGGUAAUUUACUGGGAA